GAGAGUGUUUUUGUCAUGCCCCCGGUUAUUAUUCACAGAGUCAAACGCUGUUCAACAGGUGGCUUUGUAGAGUUUGUAGUUGGAGUAGCGCAGCUGUGAUUUAGUUAUUCUCUCUUUCUAUCUACGCUAAAAUAUCAACACUGCCAGCCUUCAAGAUCAAGAUUCAAAUCGACGGAAUGGUAAACGUUUUUAUGGCACGCGCAAGUUUUUAGAGAGGUUUUAUUCUGUCUGAGUUCGGUGCGUUUUAUUUUGGUCCGGCAAACUCGCCUAGUGUUUGUAGCAUGCGGCAAUAAGCUGCACCUGCGUCCCGUUUGUUUGCCUUGAGUUUAUUUCGGCUGAUACUUGACAUUUGAUUCGACCAAGCUUCCGUGGAAGAUCACCAUGAUGUACAGCAUGAUGGAGCAUGAACUUAAGACCCAGCCGGGUCAGCAAAAUCCUCACCCGAACAGCCAAAUCAUGUCGCAACACGGCGGCUCCGGAAACGUGCCACAGACAGCUCCGAAAAGCGCGUGUCCGCCGGGCGCAGACCCCAUGGACAAAGUGAAGCGGCCCAUGAACGCGUUUAUGGUAUGGUCCCGAGCUCAGAGGCGCAAGAUGGCCCAGGAGAACCCAAAGAUGCACAACUCGGAAAUCAGCAAGCGUCUGGGCGCCGAGUGGAAACUGCUGACCGACGCCGAGAAGCGGCCGUUUAUCGACGAGGCCAAGCGGCUGCGCGCCGCGCACAUGAAGGAGUACCCCGAUUACAAGUAUAAGCCGCGGCGCAAGAGCAAGCCACCGGUAAAGAAGGACAACUCCGCAGCUAAAUAUCCUCCGCUGCCCGGCGGCAGCCUGCUGGCCGCGGCGCAUGCGCAGAGUGGAAGUCCGCGCGUGGACAGUUACGGCUGGGCUCCGGCUGGAAGCUACGCGGCCGUGCAGGGAGACGCGCUCGCUUACCAACAGCAACUGCACCGGUACGAGCUUCCACUCCAGUACGCAGCACCCAUGUCGCAGACCUACAUGAACGGCGCCAACUCUUACAGCCCAAUGUCAUACAGCAGCAGUCCCCAGCAGCCCAGCCCUGUAAUGUCUAUGGUCAAGCCAGAGGCCUUUACUCACUCACCCACUGGAGCAACAAACCACCACCGUGGGGCAGUUCAAGGCGACCUUAGGGACAUGAUCAGCAUGUACAUCCCUGGCGGUGAUGUAGGGGACCCUACAGCACAAAGAGGUUACCCAAGUGUCCAGCAGCACUAUUUGGGCAGUACUGUGCCCCUCACACACAUUUGAAGUGGAGAAGGAAAAGAACUGGGACUAGCUCAGCUGGAUCACUACGUAGACUUGUAGUGCAACAAGUAAUCAACAAGUAUGGAUUCUUGGUGGAUGUUGUGAGUACCUGUUGCACAUAGGAACAUUUUCUACCUCUUUGAGUGAUCUUGCUCAGUUUGUUUUUUUUGUUUGUUUUUUUUUUUUAAAUGUAGAUUUGUUCACCCUCUUCCCCCAGCUCCAUUUUUUUUCCUCCCCAUUUGAGCCCAGAAUUUCACCUUUAAUGCAGCCUGGAGGUUCUUUCCAUAAGAACGUCAUAAUAUAGAUGAGUGUGAUGUCUUUUUGUAAUUGGCAUUUUGUGGCUGUUUACAACGCCUGAAAAUUCAGUUUUUAUUGUAGGACAUUCCCUUUGUACAUAUGAUCCAAAUUUUAAAAAUCUGACCGUGUCUGUGUGCUGUGCUUCAUUAAAUGGGAUUGGGGACAUUCAUGCAGGAAGAGGCAAUCAUGAUCAAAAAACCAAAAUGAGGCAUAGAACAGGAGACAUAGGCACACUGAAAUCAUGUCCAUUCCUGAUCACUAUAGUCAAUGAUGUGCAAAUCAUGUGACUUAUAGAGCAAGUGUAAGGCAGUUUUGUAGUCUGUGCUUUGUUCUUCUUUUUUUUUAUUUUUUAAACCUCCUUUUUGUGUAGGGGGGGGGGUGAAGUACAGCUAAUUGAAUUUAACAGCUUGAGAAGGGGAAAACCUCAUGAUCAACUUUGAAAGUUGGCAAAGAUUAAGUUUUUCUGCUUACUUUUUGAAGGACAUGAAGCAACCAAUCACAAUGGUUAUGGUCUUGCCAUGACAAAUUCUUUAAGAAUACCUUACUUUUCCACAUCAUCCUUUUAACAGAGUAGGGUAUGCAUUAGUUGCACAAAUGAACCAUCAAAGUCAACAUGAGAAAUAGUCUGCACAAAAUAAUCCUACAUUUCAGCAAUAAAAUAUCCGAUCCCAUUUACUUUUUUUAGCAUGAGACUAGCACUAUUACAUUCCCCUUUAAUUGCUAUUUUUUUUUUUUUUUA